GGCCGCUCGCACACCCCCGCCCCCCCCCCGCCUGGGAGGAUAUUGCAAAGAGGGAGACGUGGAAGAAAGGAAGUUUGUGGCAAGCGCCUGAAGCAAUUUCGCCCCGGCCUGCAGGUUGCAAACUCUUUUCUAGAGGGCUGGCCCGCGGAAGAACCUCUCUUUUCGGCCUCUUUCCAGUUAGUGAAAAGACUUCUCUCUAGGAUUUAUUGCAGCGUCACUGGCCUUUCUCUCCAACCAGACGUCUCCAGUAACUGCCCUAGCAGCCCAGAAUACUUACCUUUUCCAGGUACAACCAUUGCUCUGAAACAUGGACAGCCUUUCUGCAGCAAACACCACCUUUGCCCUCAACCUCUUCAAGAAGCUUAGUGCAAAUGAUCCUACCAAGAACUUGUUUUUUUCUCCUUUGAGUAUGUCUUCUGCGCUGCUAAUGGUCUCGUUGGGUGCCAGAAGUAACACAGAAGCUCAGAUGUUAAAGGUGCUAUCUGUAUCCAAAGAUGGAGAGGUUCACCAAAGAUUUGAGAAACUCAUUUCUGAAAUCAACAAACCAGGUGCCAAUUACAGCCUCAGUCUAGCCAACCGGCUCUUUGGAGAAACAUCAUAUGAUUUUCUUGAAUUAUUUCUAGAAUCCACUCAGAAAUUCUACCAUGCAGGUCUGGAGAAACUUAACUUUAAGCAAACUGCAGAAGAUUCACGAAGACAUAUAAAUGCCUGGGUAGAAGAAAAAACCGCAGGUAAAAUUCAGAAUCUGCUUGCCCCGGGAAUAAUUAAUUCACUUACAAAACUGGCUUUGGUGAAUGCUAUCUAUUUCAAGGGAAACUGGGCAAAUCAAUUCAACAAAGAUUACACAGAAGAAAAGCCAUUCCACAUUAACAAGAAUGAAACCAAAACAGUGCAGAUGAUGUUCAGAAAAGGGAAGUACAACAUGACCUACAUAUCGGACUAUCGGACUUCAAUUCUUGAGAUUCCAUAUGUUGGCAAUGAGUUGAGCAUGAUCAUUCUGCUUCCUGAAAAGAUUGAAGAUAACUCUACUGGGUUGGAAAAGCUGGAGAGAGAAAUUACGUAUGAGAAACUCAUAGACUGGAUCAAUCUAAGGAUGAUGGACCUAAGAGAAAUUGAACUCUCCUUUCCCAAAUUUAAACUGGAAGAAGAAUAUGACCUGAAGCCUGUUCUGAGAAGCCUGGGAAUGACAGAUGCAUUUGAUGAGGGCAAGGCAGACUUCUCUGGAAUGUCAACUAACAAUGAUUUAGUCGUAUCUGAAAUUGUUCACAAAUCAUUCAUAGAAGUAAAUGAAGAAGGCACUGAGGCAGCUGCUGCCACUGCUGCUAUAAUGAUGAUGAGGUGUGCAAUGUUUGUGCCAGAAUUCAAAGCUAACCAUCCCUUCCUCUUCUCUAUUAUUCAACGAGCUACAAACAGCGUCCUGUUCUUUGGUAGAUUUUGUUCUCCCUAAUGAGUGCAUUCUACCUAUGUUGAUUAAAUGCCUUAAUUCCUCAUCAGGUUGUUAUAAGCCAGUUUUCCCAUCACCACACAUUUGAUUUUUUUUCUGUAUUUGGGGUAUAGUUCCUUCCAGUAAUAUUCAGUUUUAACACUUUCCAGGAUAGAAUUAUCUUUAAUGAAUUCCAGAAAAUAAUUUUAGUACACGUUUCUAGUGUUCUGAUUGCUAGAUAAAGCCUUCAAAAUUGCUUUGAGGUUUAUGGGAAUUUGGGAUGUGGGGGAGAAGUUACUAAGCAUGAAUCAAGCUAUCACAACAUAGAUUUAUCUAUGUAUCCGCUCUGCGUACAUUUCCAUCUGAUGAUACAUGUACUAUACAAUCAAUUCAGCUUGCCUUAUGACCUCAUGGUUUCUCAUUUUGGUGAUGUCAUGGCUAGCCAAUGAUGCCUCUGCUGAGCUUAUAAUAACAAGUGUAAACAGUGCUAGAAUGAAUACACAUAACACAUUUUUGUGGUUAUAAAUAAUAGUUGAGAAAUAUGAAUCCUAUCUUGGAACUCAAAAUGUAUGGAUUAUUUAAUCAAGCAAUUCUAUUGUAUGCAAUUCAGAUAUCUACCAAUUAUAUUUACCUUAUACGGUUCUUAUUUUGAUACAGCUUUUCGUGUAUUCAAAAUUGAAAUAAAAGCAUUUGAUUAUUGCUAUCAGAUUUACUAUCGGC